UUCCUGAAAUCGCUUUUUCCGACACGAUCGUCGUUCUUUCUCAGCUGUAAUUCGAGUUCUCCGCUUACAAUUCGUAAUUUUUAGUAGUAAAAUCGAUUAAAUAGCUCAAAAACACUUAGAAAAAUGACCGUCUCAGAGAACUUGAAGUUUUUGGAAAACUACCUCUCAGAAAGGAGUUACAUCGAAGGAUACCAACCGUCACAAGCCGAUGUUUUAGUUUUAACUGCCCUUAAGUCUGCUCCCACCAAGGCAACACCUAAUGUCUAUCGUUGGUACACGCACAUUCAAUCUUUCAACGCCGAUGAGAAGAAGAAAUUUGCUCAAAAAAGUUUGAAUAGCGAAGUAGCUAAAUUUUUAGAUGAUAAGCCAUCCUCAGCAGCUGCCGCAGGCGAUGAUGACGACGAUGUCGAUCUUUUCGGAUCAGAUGAAGAUGAUGCCGAAGCCGAGAGAAUUAAAGAAGAAAGACUGAAAGCUUACGCUGAAAAGAAAUCGAAGAAACCAGUAGUUAUCGCUAAAUCUAGCAUCGUUUUAGAUGUUAAACCGUGGGAUGAUGAAACCGAUAUGAAAGCUAUGGAAACCCAAGUUAGAACCAUCGAAAUGGCUGGUUUAGUGUGGGGAGCUUCCAAAUUAGUUCCGGUCGGUUACGGAAUUGAAAAAUUACAAAUUAUGUGCGUCGUCGAAGAUGAUAAAGUCUCCGUUGAUGAUUUAGCAGAAAAAAUUCAAGAAUUCGAAGAUUACGUACAGUCGGUCGAUAUCGCUGCAUUUAAUAAAAUCUAACUUCCUUGUCCGGUUUUUCAUUUUGGAAAUUAUCUUGUUUUUAUAUUUUUCUGUUUAAAUUAACUACUCAUUUGUUUGUGAAAGUUGUCAAUAUGUGAGAUAAUUUUUUGAUUAAAUCAGUAAUUUUACCCAGUGUA